UUUUAAUUUGUUUCCAUAGAGUGAAGAACCAUGAAAUGGUACUUUUCUUGAAGGUAGGGUAUGAUUACUUAGCAACAUAAUGAUAAAGGGGAGGAGUGUUACUGAAACCUGUCUGUAUCUUCAGCAGGAGCUAGUGUUGAAGUCAUUGCUGCUGUGGCACAUUAAAACGAACAUGUUCCUGGUUAAUAUGUGUUGAGUUAAAGAUCCACAUUCUUUGAAGUUAUUGUGAAUGCCUCGAGGACCAAGGAACCGUUGAAAUUUCCAAUUUCAGGAAGUUCCAGUGGAUGCCCAUCAGGAAGAUUCUCAUGCUGGACAGAAGGGCAAGAGAGGUGGAUCUGUGAGGGAAAAGACCCAAUAGGAUAACUCAAGUUACUGCACCUGAACCCAAAGUUUCGCUUAAGCCAUCUGAGAUGUCUUCCAUUGGUUCCAUUUCUUCCAUUGGUUACCAGAGUCUAAGGUAAUCCGACUGAGAACAGCAUAUGAAGCCUUGAAUUGUUUUGUGCCAAAGAACUCCGACUCAAGAAUAUUUUAAUCUAUAGGAAAUUUUGGAUCUUUGAAUUCAAAUUUUAUUUUCAUUGGGCUGAAUCCAAUGCAUUUUCUUUAACUUAAUAAUCUUCUAAUAUUGAGAUAGUACAAUUGUUUUUCUCAGAGUUACUGUAUGCUCUUUGAGUCAGUGCUGUCCUGUUAAAUGUGUUUAUGUUCUGUAUCUUAUUUGUGAAAUUUUUAAUUUCCUAAAACCACAUUUCUCUUCAAGUUUCCAGAUGGACCCAUGGACUGUUUCCAGAUGAUAUUAGUGAAUGUAUGAGAAUUCCAGUGUCUUUUAAAAUCUGUCAUGGUAUUUCAUAAAAAAUAAUUUCUAUUAUUUCCUUUCACCCUAGUGAGAGAGGUCUGUUUUCCUUGGUAGCAAAUUGAGAGUCAGUGUUAGGUGAGAUAUUUCCCAAAAGGGCGAAUUUGCAUAUCUGAAAAUUGCUGAGAAUGGAUAAACUUGAAUAUAUCAUAGUGAAAGAUGUUUAUCUUUGUAAGUUUAACACUUGAAUUGUAAUUGAGAAAAUCCUAAAACAAAGCAUAUUAUUGUGCUGGAUGAAUUUAGUUAAGCUAUUUAUUGGUCAAAUCCUAUUCCAUGUGUACGUAGUGCUUCUUUCUUACUGUGUAACCCUUUUGCCAGAGAUAACACGGAGAGAGCCUGGUUACCAUUUGGUGGAACAAUCCUGCUGGCUCAAGCCCCUGCCCAGAAAUUUGAUUCAGUCUCUUUUCUGGACAGUCUGGAAGCCUCGACCUGUCUCCCAGUUGGUUGCACAGCAGGUUACUCAACAGUUUGUGCCCCCUACACAGUCAAAGAAAGAGAAAAAAGAUAAAGUAGAAAAAGAAAAAAGUGAAAAGGAAACAACUAGCAAAAAGAACAGUCAUAAGAAAACCAGGCCAAGAUUGAAAAAUGUGGAUCGGAGUAGUGCUCAGCAUUUGGAAGUUACCGUUGGAGAUCUGACAGUCAUUAUUACAGACUUUAAGGAGAAAACGAAGUCACCGCCUGCAUCUAGUGCUGCCUCUGCAGAUCAACAUAGUCAGAGUGGCUCUAGCUCUGACAACACAGAACGGGCAAUGUCCAGGUCAUCUUCACCCAGAGGAGAAGCCUCAUCAUUGAAUGGAGAAUCUCAUUAAAGUUUAUUUUCUCCAAUUUCUUAGGUCACUUCUGUCAUACCAUGCAAAUACACAGAUUAUGCCAAGAAGUACCACAUUUUCAUGACAAACAUAUUCAUGCACAAUCCAUAAUUUGCGUUUUACAUAAGAUAGAAAUUUGUGAGAAUUUGUUGGAUUUUAUUGCAAUCUACCCAACAUUUCCAGACUCAACAUUUUGGUCUUCACAGUUAAACGUGCCAUGAAAAUGUGGUUGAAUUAUUCAUUAUGCAGUGUUAUUGGUAAGUCUAUUUUCACUUUUAGUUUAGUGAAUUCUAACACAUAAUUCUUGAAUUCUCUACUAUUGGCAUGUAACGAAUUAAAAUUUUUAUAACAUAGUGCAAGCUGCCUAAAUAUGUAUUAUUUGAGAAUUGUGAAACAAAUAGUUAUAUGUAUACAAGUCAAAGAUCAACUUAAUCAACUAUUGCUGCAACAGGAUUUUCUUAAUGGUAUCCUCUUAAAUACACCUGCUGGUACUUGGUGUGGCUAAAUAGGAAAAUUGUUAUUAAAUAAAGAAUUUGUAUGAACCGUUGCCAAUGUUUUUGACACAGUUUACUAAAUUAUUGUUUCUGAAUUAUGUUUCUGGUUUUAUCUGUUCUUUUUGCGUAUCUUUCAAAACAUUCAUUUAUUGUAAUGUUUACUAGCAGACUAGUAAACAAUAAAACAUUGAUUAUUUAGCUUUAUAAUUCAGGUUUAGUGCUGUUGUCAUUGAACACUGGUAUUUUCUGUAUUAUAUAAAACGUUAAAAUUCAAAUAAUUUUAAGCAUUUGGCAAAAACGGAAGAGAAAAGAAAUCUGCCAUAUUUUUAAAAGCUGCAAUUUUAGAAAAGCUUUAACUUAAUAAUAGUUUUAUCACUGUUUCCUUGCCCCAAACUUAUCCAGGGUCAUAGAAGUAUGAAUCUAAUUAAUACAGAAAUGGGAAGUCUUGCACAGAACUGGAAAAUAAGUAAUCUUAAAUCAGUUUAAUUGGCCUCUUACUAAAUAUAACAAUUCUUAUAAAAUCAUAGUGCCCUGUUUUCAGGCACAACUGCAGUUUAUGCAUUCAUCAAUAUCCUGAAAUUAAAAAAGUAUUUACAGCCCCACUUACUAUUAUGUAAAAUUCAAUAAAAUAUUUUUAUGACUACCGAUUUUGCAUUUUUGUUUACAAUUAAUAUUUUAUAUUAUAUUUAAAAAUCCAACCUAGAAACCACACAGUACUUCUUAAAUUCUCCGAGGGUCUCCUGCUUUCUCUUAGCCAUUUGUUUAAUAUAUAUCCACUUAUAGGAGACUUCUGAAAUAUAAAUGAACUUAAAAACAUAACUUGGAUACAAAAUAUCACAUAAAGACAUCAUGAUAGCGUUUGAAGAAAAAACCUGUAGACCCUGACUCACGGUUGUGAUAUUUGGUGGUUUCGCGUGGUAAUGUGAUUUUCUGUUUAAUUGCAGUACUUUUUACAGGCACAAUGGUACUGUCUUUUUUGUAAGAUGCUAGUUGUGAAAUACAGUUAAUUGCGUACAGUAAAAAUCUGUGUUUAAAACAUUUAUAUACCUCAUUCUUUAGUAUUGUUAAAUGAAAAAUUAAAAUUUGUGUUUAUUAUAAGAUACUUUCAGUGGAA